CAGCAGCCCACUAGAAAGUCGCCGACACCGAACAAAAACAAAAACGAGCAGCAAGCGAGCGGACGUGUUUCGUGCGUGAGCGAAGCAGAGGCAGCAAAGGAACUUGCAAAGGAGCCCGCGUCUCAUCUCGCGUUUAAUCAAUUAAAAAGUGUCUUAAUCGCGAACCGCACGUGUAAAAUAUAUACAAAAUAAUUCCUACCGUUAAAUGUUAAAUAAACUAAAUAAAUAACUUGAAAAUAAAACCGCGCAAAAGCCCUCAACAUAAACAUAACUGAAUGUAUAAACAAAACGAAGGCGAAAGCUGCGUUUGAAGUUUGGCGUUAGCGUUCCCUGUUGAUUUUUUAAGUGUUUACUUGAGUUCCCAAAAAAAAAUUGUGGUUAACUUGGGGAACGGUGCUAAGUGGUACAAAUUGGAUUAAAAGUCAAGCAAUUAUCAGUGCUUUUACAAAAACAAAUCAAAAUCAUAAUCAAAUUGGAUUAUCGCCGUAGGAAGCAGGAAAGCAACUUAGCAUAUUUAAGCUAUUUGUGAACUCGCCCCAGGAUGUCGACUUGUGGCAGCUUUCUUCUGCUGCGACAGCAGUUGUUUGUGCCACAAACCGCGUAGGCUAAGGAGGGAGUCCAUCGGCCAUCGGAGAAGUCAUACUGCCAAUAUCAGAAGAUAUAUAGAGAUAUAGAAACGAUACAACCGAUUCGUCGUCGCUGUCGUCGCCUUGUUCUUCGCGAUUUCGUCGCCGUCAGCGUGUUCUGCGCCGACUGAGACGAAAGCUGCGAAGCAACGAGCGCCAGCGAAAGCCUCACCACGGACGCAUUUAUGGAUGCGGGCGGCCUGCCAGUCUUCCAGAGCGCCAGCCAAGCAGCCGUCGCACAACAACAACAGCAGCAGCAGCAGCAGCAGCAACAACAGCAGCAACAUUUGAAUCUCCAGUUGCAUCAGCAGCACUUGGGCCUACAUCUGCAACAGCAACAGCAGCUGCAACUCCAGCAGCAGCAGCAGCAACAUAAUGCACAGGCGCAACAGCAGCAGCAGAUCCAAGUGCAGCAGCAGCAGCAGCAACAACAGCAGCAGCAACACUCUCCCUACAAUGCCAAUUUGGGAGCAACAGGCGGAAUGGCUGGCCUCACUGGCGGCAAUGGAACUGUCGGUCCUCCAAACCAAGGAGCAGUACCCUCGCCCGGGGACGGUCUACCAACCAAACGGCAACCGAUUGUCGACCGGCUACGCCGUCGCAUGGAGAACUACCGGCGACGGCAGACGGACUGCGUCCCACGCUAUGAGCAGGCCUUCAAUACCGUCUGCGAGCAGCAGAAUCAGGAGACCACCGCCCUCCAGAAGCGCUUCCUCGAGAGCAAGAACAAGCGGGCGGCCAAGAAGACAGAGAAGAAGUUGCCUGAUCCUUCCCAGCAACAGCAGCAGCAACACCAGCAGCAGCAACAUCAACAGCAUCAGCAACAUCAACAGCAUCAGCAACAUCAGCAGCAACAUCAGCAACACCAGCAGGCCCAGACCAUGUUAGCCGGACAGCUGCAGAGCAGUGUUCAUGUGCAACAAAAAUUCCUGAAACGACCCGCGGAGGAUGUUGACAAUGGCGCUGAUAACUAUGAGCCGCCGCAUAAAUUGCCCAAUAACAACAACAAUAGCAAUAAUAACAACAACAAUGGCUCUAAUGCCAACAAUGGCAAUACCCAAAAUAGUAAUCCCAAUAAUGGCGGCAACUCCAACAACACCAACAACAACAACACCAAUAACACUGGCAACAACACAAACAGCAACAACAACGGAUCUGAGAAUCUAACCAAAUUCUCGGUGGAAAUUGUUCAGCAACUGGAGUUCACCACAUCAGCGGCCAAUUCGCAGCCCCAGCAGAUCAGCACGAAUGUUACUGUAAAGGCGUUAACCAACACUUCGGUGAAGAGCGAACCAGGGGUGGGAGGAGGAGGAGGUGGUGGUGGAGGAGGCGGCGGCGGUAGUGGAGGAGGCGGUGGCGGCGGCAACAACGGUAGUGGCAACAAUAACGGUGGUAACAACAACCCCGGAGGCAAUAACACCGGAGGAGUCGGCGGCGUCGGCGGCGAUCAUCACCAGCAGCAGCAACAACAAGGCGGCGGUCUGGGUGGGCUUGGCAAUAAUGGGCGUGGCGGGGGACCUGGCGGCAUGGCCACGGGUCCCGGCGGCGUCGGUGUCGGUGUUGGCCUAGGCGUUGGUGGCGGCGGCCUUGGCGGCAUGGGCAUGCCACCGCACAUGAUGUCCGCCCAGCAGAAGUCGGCGCUCGGAAAUCUGGCCAAUUUGGUGGAAUGCAAACGGGAGCCGGAUCACGAUUUUCCGGAUCUGGGCUCACUGGACAAGGAUGGUGCGGGUGGACAGUUCCCCGGAUUCCCUGAUCUGCUCGGGGAUGAUAACUCGGAGAACAAUGACACCUUCAAGGAUCUCAUCAACAACCUGCAGGACUUCAAUCCGAGUUUCCUCGACGGCUUCGAUGAGAAGCCAUUGCUGGACAUCAAGACGGAGGACGGCAUCAAGGUGGAGCCGCCCAAUGCCCAGGAUCUGAUCAAUAGCCUGAACGUGAAGUCGGAGGGCGGUCUGGGCCAUGGCUUCGGUGGCUUCGGUCUCGGUCUGGACAAUCCGGGCAUGAAGAUGCGCGGCAACCAGGGUGGCUUCCCCAACGGCCCGAAUGGUCCGACCAUUGCGGGGGGAGGUGGUGGCGGUGUUGGCGGCGGUGGGGGUGGAGGCGUGGCCCCCAAUGCUGGUGGUGGAAAUGGCAAUGCCGGGAAUCUCAUGUCGGAUCAUCCGCUGGCAGCUCAGACUUUGAAGCAAAUGGCUGAGCAGCAUCAGCACAAGAAUGCCAUGGGUGGGAUGGGUGGCUUCCCCCGCCCCCCGCAUGGCAUGAAUCCGCAACAGCAGCAGCAGCAGCAACAGGCCCAGCAGCAGCAGCAGGCGCAGCAGCAACACGGCCAGAUGAUGGGUCAGGGUCAGCCGGGACGUUACAAUGACUAUGGCGGUGGCUUUCCCAAUGACUUCGGCCUGGGUCCCAAUGGACCGCAGCAGCAGCAGCAACAGCAACAGCAGCAGCCGCAGCAGCAGCACCUGCCGCCGCAGUUCCAUCAAAAAGGUCCUGGCCCAGGUCCUGGGGCUGGUAUGCAACAGAAUUUCCUGGACAUCAAGCAGGAGCUCUUCUAUUCCUCUCAAAACGAUUUCGAUCUCAAGCGAAUGCAGCAGCAGCAGGCCAUGCAACAGCAGCAGCAGCAGCAGCAGCAACAUCACCAGCAGCAGCAGCAGUCCAAAAUGGGUGGAGUGCCCAACUUUAACAAGCAGCAGCAGCAACAGGUGCCGCAGCAGCAGCAACAAUUGCAACAGCAACAAUACUCGCCCUUCUCCAACCAAAACGCAAAUCCUGCAGCCAAUUUCCUGAAUUGCCCGCCCAGGGGCCAGCAGCCGGGUAAUCUGCCUCAGCAGCAGCAGCAGCAACAGCCCGGCGGCGGCGGCGGCCCGCAGCAGCAACAGCAGCGCGGCAAUGCCGGCAACGGUCCACCAAAUAAUCCCAAUAACGGUGGUCCCGGCGGCAACUCCAACAACCCUACGCAGCAGCAGCAACAGCAACAGCAGCAGCAGCAGCAACAACAGCAGCAGCAGGCAACAACAACAACGCUGCAGAUGAAACAGACGCAACAAUUGCACAUUAGCCAGCAGGGAGGUGGAGCCCACGGUAUCCAGGUUUCGGCUGGCCAGCAUCUGCAUUUGAGUGGCGACAUGAAGAGCAAUGUCUCGGUGGCCGCCCAACAAGGUGUCUUCUUCAGUCAGCAGCAGGCCCAGCAGCAGCAACAACAGCAACAGCCCGGCGGCAACAACGGCCCCAAUCCGCAACAGCAGCAACCGCAUGGCGGCAAUGCUGGCGGAGGCGUGGGCGUUGGUGUGGGCGUCGGAGUGGGCGGAGUGGGCGGUGUGGGUGUGGGUAAUGGAGGACCCAAUCCUGGACAGCAGCAGCAACCAAAUCAAAACAUGAGCAAUGCAAAUGUACCCUCCGAUGGCUUCUCGCUCUCUCAGAGCCAGACCAUGAACUUCAACCAGCAACAGCAGCAGCAACAAGCGGCAGCCGCCGCAGCAGCAGCAGCGGCAGCGCAACAACAACAGGCCGCCCAGCAGCAGCAACAGCAGCAGGUGCCGCCCAACAUGCGCCAGCGUCAGACGCAAGCGCAGCAAGCGGCUGCUGCAGCGGCGGCAGCAGCGGCGCAGGCGCAGGCAGCCGCCAAUGCCGGCGGACCGAACGUACCGCUUAUGCAGCAGCCGCAGGUCGGAGUGGGCGUCGGCGUUGGUGUGGGCAAUGGCGGUGUGGUUGGUGGACCAGGCGGUGGCGGCGGCGUCGGCGUUGGCCCCAAUAACGGUGCAAUGAACCAAAUGGGCGGACCCAUGGGCGGCAUGCCGGGCAUGCAGAUGGGCGGACCCAUGAAUCCCAUGCAGAUGAACCCGAACGGACCCGGCGGUCCCACUGCCCAGCAGCAGAUGAUGAUGGGCGGCGGCGGCGGCAACGGUGGACCGGGUCAGGUGCCAGGUGGUCCCGGUGGUCCGGUUCCCAAUCCCAACCAGGCCAAGUUCCUGCAGCAGCAGCAGAUGAUGCGAGCCCAGGCGAUGCAGCAGCAGCAACAGCACAUGGCCGGAGCCCGUCCACCGCCGCCGGAGUACGCCAAUGCUACCAAGGCGCAGCUGAUGCAGGCCCAGAUGAUGCAGCAGACGGUGGGUGGCGGUGGAGUCGGUGUCGGCGGCGUGGGAGUGGGCGUUGGAGUCGGAGGCGUCGGCGGUGCCAAUGGCGGUCGCUUCCCCAACAGCGCUGCCCAGGCUGCGGCCAUGCGGCGCAUCACUCAGCAGCCCAUUCCGCCCUCAGGUCCGAUGAUGCGCCCGCAACACGCGGCCAUGUACAUGCAACAGCAUGGCGGAGCGGGCGGUGGUCCCAGGGGUGGCAUGGGCGGUCCCUAUGGCGGUGGAGCAGGCGGACCCAUGGGUGGUCCUCAGCAGCAGCAGCGACCGCCCAAUGUGCAGGUCACGCCGGAUGGAAUGCCCAUGGGCUCGCAGCAGGAGUGGCGCCACAUGAUGAUGUCGCAGCAGCAGACGCAGAUGGGCUUCGGCGGUCCAGGACCCGGAGGUCCGAUGCGUCAGGGUCCGGGCGGAUUCAAUGGAGGCAACUUCAUGCCCAAUGGCGCACCGAAUCCAGCUGGCAAUGGCCCGAACGGUGGCGGCAUGAUGUCCGGUCCGAAUGUGCCGCAGAUGCAACUGGCACCGGCCCAAAUGCAGCAGCAGCUGAUGCGUCAACAGCAACAGCAACAACAGCAGCAGCAGCAACACCUGGGACCCGGCGGUGGCAACAACAUGCAACAGAUGCAGCAGCUCCUGCAACAGCAGCAAUCUGGCGGCGGUGGCAACAUGAUGACCAGCCAAAUGCAAAUGUCCAGCAUGCACAUGUCCCAGACCCAGCAGCAGAUCACCAUGCAGCAGCAGCAACAGUUUGUGCAGAGCACCACCACCACCACGCAUCAGCAGCAGCAGAUGUUGCAGAUGCAACAACAGCAGGGCCCGGGCGGUGGCGGUGGAGCGGCCAGCAACAACAAUGGCGGCGGCGGAGGCGGUGGCGGUGGGGCGGCCGUUGGUGGCAACACAACAACGACCAUUGCCAGUGCUAGUUCCAUUAGCCAAACGAUCAACUCGGUGGUGGCCAACUCGAAUGAUUUGUGUCUCGAAUUCUUGGACAACCUGCCGGUGGAUAGUAAUUUCUCCACGCAGGAUCUGAUCAAUUCCCUUGACAACGACCAUUUCAACCUGCAGGACUUCAACAUGCCGUAGAUGAUGCCGUGUAGUUCGUUGUAUAAUCAAAAAAAAAUCCACCCAGCCAGCACCAAAAAGAAGAUAAAAAACACAACCACCACCACCACCAUAACCUAACCACCACGAUGUUGCCUCAGUUUUGUUUAGAUUUUUUUGUUUUGUUGCCUGUUGUUGUUAUUGGUCCGGGCAACCGAAUCCAACCGCCCACUAAGCUCCCGCCCUUGGCCCAACGCCCAACGCCCAACGCCCAACGCCCCUCCUCGUUCCUGCCAACGAAAGUUAUUUUGUUUGUUAUAUUUGUGUGUGAAUUUAUUCGUAAGCUAAGUUCUAUGUCUCCACUAUGUACUCUAAUUUCGCGGGCUCCACUCUAUCGUAUCGUAUUGUAAUUGUAAUUGUAUUUGUAUUAUUGUAUUGUAUUCUAUGUAUUAUUAGAGCUGUUCAAAAACAAAACAAAAAAAAAAAGGUCCAAGGCGUUCGACCAAGCCGACUGGGCGUGGCAGCGGCUCGAUAGUCCGUCAGACAUUCCAUAUACUACCGUAUGCACCGAUCGAAAUAGGGAAUUUUUAGGGAAAUUCAGAACAGAAAGUAUUCGCGAAAAGUACUUUAAAAAUCAACCAAAAAAACGAGAAACGAGAAUUUUACAAUUUACAGUCUACAACAGUCGCCCUCUCUCUACAGAAGCAGAAACUUAAGCACUUGUACUUAAAGGAUAUAUACUAUAAUUAUAUUUUUUGGCCACGCCCAGUGCUCCGUACGCCCCUUUCGUUUGAUUACUUAAGCAACAAAAAAACCAGAUGAAAUAAUGGAUGAUGCAAAAUGCAAAAAAGAACCAACCAGAAAACAAAAUCGAAAAACAAAACACAAAAUAGUUGUACAUUUUAUAUUGUAUUUAAUUUUAUUUAAUUUUUAUAGAAACGAAAUCGACAAAAGUAAAAAACUAAAAAUAAAAGAAAUGGAAGAAAUCGAUUAACUGUCAGAAUAAAAAAAAAAGUAAAAAUAUUGGUGAUAUUUUUAAAAAUGCUUAAAACACAAAUUGAGAAAGUAAGCGAAUCAAAAGAAAACUCAACAAAAAAAAAAAAGAGAAAUUCACAAAAACACACCAAAAGGGAAGAACUUUUUUAAAAACCAAACAAAAAAUUUGAGAAACAGUUAUUAUUAUUAUAAUUCUAAUUAUUAUUGUACAUUAAUUUUUUUAGAUGAGGUUCAUUUUUAAAUGGAAUUUUAAACGUGGAGCAACAGUGCGAGAAAUGCGCAAACAAAACAUAUUUAAAAAAUAUACACUAUAUAUAGUAUAUAUAUAUAUAUUAUGAGUAGUUUUUGGUAGUGAAACGUAAUUAGUAGUUUGUUAAAUAAAUUGAUAUACACCCACAAAUACAUAAUAUUAAAUUAGAAAUCAUAUAUAUACGCGAUCCGAUAUAUUUGAUUAAAUGUAAAAGCAGCGCUAACAAUUUACAUACUUAGUCCUAAGUCGCCACAAAAUGUUUGAGGGGUUAAGUAAGAGAGAGAGAUCGACAUUUAUAUAUUUACUAGAUGCGCCUGGCCGCAUUACCAAGUGAUGCCAUGCCAAGCCAAGCCACGCCCAUAUUAAAGUUGGAGUUGGAGGUUGAACAAUAUAAAGCUAAACAAACAAACAAAAAAAAAAGCAAACAAAAUUGCUAAACAAAAAAAAUCUUCAAAUGAAAAGCAAACGAAAAAAAAAAAACGCCAGAGAUUCCAGCAAUGAAAUUAUUGUACGACAACUAAUUAGAGCAAUUCCAUAAGUCCGUAAGUUAGAGACCAGUUCAGUUGAGGCCAUAGAAAUUUUUGAAUUGAACCAGGACACCAGGAUCCAGGUUGCCACUUCCACAACUACAUAAUAUAGUAACAGACAGCUCACAGCCAUUUUUGCAGAGUUUUACAUUAAUUAGGAUCAACAGCAACAAAUCCAUAGCACACACGCCUAGCAAAACAAAAAAAAAAAAAAUAAAAACAGAAAUGGAAAAUAUACAUAAAUAUAAUAAAUUUAAUGACAAAAGUAUUUAAGCCGCAAAAAAACAAAGAAACCGAUAAAAAAUCUAACAAAAUUUACUAUUACAAUUAUAAAUGAAAUAAUAAAAAAUACGCGAAUUGUAGUUUGUAAUUAAUGCUAAAGAUACGAAGUAAAAAUUUGUUUAUAACUAUUAUAUGAAAACCGCAAAUUAUAUAUACACUAUUAUUAAAUACAAAUUAUAUAUUAUAUAUAUAUAUACACGCAUAUUAUUACUAUAUACAAUAUGGCAUAUUAUUAUUACAUAUAUAUUUCAACACGAAAGUAACUAGCGAGCCAGUUCGUAAGGUGUUCAGAUGCCGCCUCGCUAAGCAGUUCCAUUGAAAUAAAUCUUAAAACUCGAUAUCAAUUACAAACCGAAAGCAACCAGCUGCCAGCGGCAAACCAAACAUAAAAUAUUUAUAAACCGAGAACUGCGACAAGAACAGAAGGAUUAAAUGAAAAGCAAACCACUUACUUUUAGCCAACUACGACAUUGAUUUUCACUUAGCCACAACAAGUAAAAUCGAUUCGAGCUAGCGCUUUUUGGUUUUGUAUCUAAUUAGCCAAAAAUUAAAUUGGUACUCGAAGUCUUCUGUUUGCCGUUUCUUGGUUCUCCGGGAUUGAACAAAAUGUUGGGAAGCAAAAGCAAACAUUUAACGUUAUUUUACGAUUUGAAAAGAAAGUAACAAAAUAAAAUAGAAAAAUAUUACUUUUGUAAAUAAAUUGGAUGUUGUUUUUAUUA